UCUCUCUUCUUACUCUCUCUCUCCUCUUUCUUCUGUAUCAAUUUCUCACCAACGAAAUCUUCGCCAUUUUCUCCGACAUUUUUCCUCUUUAUUAAUUUCAAUUUAUUUUAUUAAAUAUUCUCAGUAUUCCACAUGAUCACAAAAAUUCCUAAUAAUCAAAUCAAAAUCAAAAGAGUAAAUUAAUUAUUAACAAUUAAUUCAUUCAUUGCUAUUCUAAACUUUCUCUCUCUCGUUCUCCGGGAAAAAUCGGGUAACAACGGAUUUUCUCAGGAACGAGAGAGACUAGAGGAUUCUAUUUGAUGACCCAUGUUGAUUAAACAUUGAAAAAUCGAAACUUUUUUUAUUUGAAUAUCAAUUGGGUUUCAAAAUGUUGAAACUUUUUUGAUGAGUAGUUAGAAUUUGAAGAGAGAGAGAGAAAAAAACAUGGAAGAAGAGUUCGUGGAGAUUGAGGUUGAAGAUUCAUCCUUAUGUUUGGAUGAUGAUAUUGAUGUGAAUUAUGAAUAUGAUGCUCCUAGGUUCUUUGAUUUUACAAAGCAAGAAAAUAUUUUCGAUGAUUGUGAAGCAGAACAUUGGUUUGAAUUUGCACAAAGUUAUCCACCUUCACCAUUUCUCAUUAAGUUAAGAUUGGGAAAUCAUGCAAUGAAAAAUAAACAAGUUUCAACAAUGGAAGACAAUGAUAGUAGAGGUGAUGAAAAUUGCAAUGAAACAACACAAGAUACUUUGGAUGGUAAGAAAAAGUCUGUCAGAAAAUCAAGUUCAUCAAAAUCUAAAGUUUUCACAUUUAUGAAACCAACAGCAAGUCAUUUGGCCAAGCUGAAGAACCCUACAGAAGUUCAAACCCCUCAACAAUUCAGAAGGAAUCAAGAAAAAAAUGCUUCAUCCAUAGAUUGUCAAUUAACCAAAAGACAGAAGCUUGAAGCCGGUUACUUGCGCAAGGGUGCUCACCUGAAGCAUCAAACUAUUCUUACACAUAAGAAAACUGAGGAGGUUGUUCCUACUGAUGUAAAUUUAGCUUCUAAACCAAAUGUUACUGUUCCUAAAGAACCUAAUCUUCAAACAGCAGUCAGAGCACAAAGACACAAGACAAAAACUAAUGCUGAAUCAAGUGAACAUGCAAAAUCAAGUUUUGAGGUUUUUACAUCAAGACCCUCAAGUAAAAAAGGUCAUGGUUCUUUGAACAAUAAUUCAAUAUCAAAUAGUGAAACAAGGAGAAACACUAGUGUUGGCUCAAGGCAAGAAAAGUGUAGAUUGAAUAGCAAACUCCAAGGGAAAAUCGAUGAUAAGAUAUCUUGUGUUCAGAAACUCUCAAGGAAAGGAGAAAGAAGUGUCUUCCGAAAUAUCAAAGUAUUUCCAUUGGAGCCAAAUGAAAAGAGGUUUCUAGAUGAACCACCAACAGAAUUAUUUAGCAAGCUCAAUCUAACUUCUGAAGCCAAACAAACUGCAAAAUCACAACCAAAGGAGCAGUCAAUUUCUAAGAGCUUGAAGGAGAAUAGACAUGGAUCGUUGCGCCAAGAGCAUGAGAUGAUGAACUUGGUGAAAGAAGAAAUUCAAAGAUUAUAUGGCAAGAAAUAUCAAUGUGCUCAAGAAAUGGGGUCCCUCGUGACAAAGCAGACCUGCAUGUUGGAACUUGGACAUUAACUGAAAAUACAGUCAUGGUUCUCCUAAUUGGUGAUCUUUGGUCUAAAUAUACACUUUCAUAAACUUCCACACACAAAAUCCUCAAUAAUUGGAAAACCAUGCCAAAGGGACCUUAUUGGCUAAAAGUGGUAAUAAAGGGAAAAUAUUACUUAGGGUUUGUCCACGAGUUAAAUUUUGGAGGAAAAUAUUUUAGAGUAAUAAGUUUAUAUUUUAAUAAAAUUAAAAAUGACUUAUUUUAAUAUAUAUUUGAUAUUUUAAUAAAAUUAAAAAAUAAAAGAAUAAAUAAGUAUAUAAUAUUGUAUUAUUCUUUUAAUUUUUUUAAAAUAUCAAAUAUGGAUUUAAUUCUCUAACAUUCUCUUCUUUAAAGUCCUCCAAAAACUGACUCGUAAAGACACUCUUAGUGAAGGAGUUCCAGAAUGAAAUUAAACAAUUCCAUUAUAUAACAAAUCAUUUAGACUAUUGGAAAUUUU